AUGGCUCUCUUGGAAAUAGCCAAAAAGAGCCUGCUUGCUGCCGAGAAAUACCUUGCCCUCAAUUCCCUCAUCUCAGUACAAUCUCAACCAGAGCUUCUCAGUCAGGUUCAAGCGUCCCAAGAGCGCAUCUCGGCAGAUUCAGGAGAGAGCAAAUCUUCUAUCGAUGGACAAUUAAUUGCAGUCAAAGACAACAUUUGCACAACAGAUUUUCCAACGACAUGUGCUUCGAAACUGUUGGAGCAAUACGUUUCGCCAUUCGACGCUACGGUAGUACGUAAGGCCAAGGAGGCCGGCGCGGUGAUAAUGGGGAAAACAAACAUGGACGAAUUCGGUAUGGGGUCUCAUUCAAUGUAUUCCCACUUCGGUCCCGUGAUGCAGUCCGCCGAAGAUGGUCGACCUGCCAGAUCUGCUGGUGGAAGUUCCGGGGGCAGUGCUGUUGCUGUUGCUACGGGAAUGUGCUAUGCAGCUCUAGGGACCGACACCGGUGGUUCAGUCCGUCUCCCAGCCGCUUACUGUGGAAUUGUUGGAUUCAAACCCUCGUAUGGAAUGCUAUCUAGGUGGGGGGUAGUUGCUUAUGCAAACUCAUUAGACACACUAUAUGAUGCGAUCAAUGGCCACGAUGACAACGACCCAACCAGCAUAACACCGCAAACAAGAGAACGGAUCCAAGACCGGUUAUCACGCAGCCGAAGAAGGGGCCAGAGACUAGCUAUAGGAUAUCCCGAGGAGUUCAAUCUUGUAGAAUUGGACGACCCCGUUCGUGAUGCGUGGGAAAACACAUUAGCGCACCUGAAUUCGCAGUCUCAUAGAAUUGCGCCUGUAUCUCUACCUCAUACUAAGCACGCGCUAUCGGCAUACUAUGUCCUGGCUCCUGCUGAAGCCUCUUCUAAUCUCGCCAAAUACGAUGGAGUCCGCUACGGUUAUCGAGACCCCGCCGACCGCUCACAGGACGGUCUUCUUUUUUCACCUACCCGCGCAAAUUUUGGCGCAGAAGUCCGUAGGCGAAUAAUUGCCGGGGCGUAUUCACUCUCCUCCGAAGCCAUCGACAAUUACUUCCUUAAAGCACAGUCUGCCCGUCGAAUCAUACAACGUGACUUCAGUAAUGCAUUUGCUCAACCAAAUUACCUUAUAACAGAUAACCUGGAGGAAGGCCGCGGGAAAGAAGGCGUGGAUGUGCUUAUCGCCCCAUGCUCUCUAUCAAAGGCGCCAUUUCUGGAAGAUGUCAAGAUGCAGAAAUCAGCAUUAGACUCAUACGUGAAUGAUGUAUUAACGGUUCCUGCGAGCUUAGCUGGUAUUCCGGCAAUCUGCCUACCUGUUAUGCAUGGAGAGAACGAUCCUGUAGGAAUACAGGUCAUGGCGCAGUACGGGGAUGAAGAGACAAUGUGGGAAGUAGCGAAAAUUAUAGAGGAGGGGCUGGGGUCGGGAGUAGGCUCUAAAACCCAGCCCACCAACCCGACUGUAAAUUAAAAUAGACUGCCGGUACUCGAGCACAAAA